CUCACGCAUUGAUCCUUCCACAAAUCACCAAACAACCUUUAAUUUAUUCCUUAAUACGUCCCUCUGCCUAUAUAAAGCUCGCCCAUUUAAUUCACUUCCACAAUUCCCCUGAAGAGUUCAAACUGCUCUAGAAACAAUUAAUACUACACCACAGAAGUAGAAGCACAUAUAAUAAUAAUCAUUACAAAAUAAUAUAUAAUUAUUAUCAUUAAGAUGGAGCAGUACAUGUUGUUCCUGGUGUCGUUGCUGCUUUUAUUUGUGUCGUUGGUGAGCAUCUCCCUCUUUGUGGUGUUCUACAAGCACAGGUCCCACUACAGCGGUGCCAACCUUCCGCCAGGGAAGAUCGGAUACCCGGUGAUCGGGGAGACGAUGGAGUUCCUGUCGACGGGAUGGAGAGGUCAUCCGGAGAAGUUCAUAUUCGACCGGAUGACAAAAUUCUCGACGGAGGUGUUCAAGACGUCUCUGGUGGGUGAGCCAGCAGCAGUGUUCUGCGGCGCGGCGUGUAACAAGUUCCUUUUCUCAAACGAGAACAAGCUUGUCACUGCCUGGUGGCCCAGCUCCGUCAACAAGGUCUUCCCUUCCUCCAUGCAGACGUCGUCUCAGGAUGAGGCCAAGAAGAUGCGGAAGCUCCUCCCCGGCUUCAUGAAGCCCGAGGCUCUCCAGCGCUACAUCGGCGUCAUGGACACCAUCGCCCAGCGCCACUUUGCCGCCGAUUGGGACAACCACAACCACAUCCUCACCUUCCCUCUUGCCAAGAGGUACACCUUCUGGCUGGCUGCCAAACUGUUUGUGAGCCUGGACGACCCCAAGGAAAUCAGGAAGUUCGAGGAACCGUUCCAGCUUCUGGCCUCCGGGAUCAUCUCGAUGCCCAUCGACUUCCCCGGGACGCCGUUCCACCGCGCCAUAAAGGCGUCCAACUUCAUAAGGAAGGAGCUGCUGAAGAUCAUCAAGCAGAGGAAGAUUGACUUGGCGGAAGGGAAGGCCAGCCCUACACAAGACAUCCUAUCCCACAUGCUCCUCACGUGCACCGACGACGGCCAGUACAUGAACGAGCUUGACAUCGCCGAUAAGAUCCUCGGACUCCUCGUCGGCGGCCACGACACUGCCAGUGCUGCCUGCACCUUCAUCGUCAAAUACCUCGCCGAGCUUCCUCACAUAUACGACGCCGUUUACCAGGAGCAAAUGGAGAUAGCAAAGUCAAAGGCGGAGGGAGAGUUGCUAAACUGGGAUGAUGUACAGAAAAUGAAGUAUUCGUGGAACGUGGCGCAGGAGGUGUUGAGGCUGGCGCCGCCGCUGCAGGGGGCGUUCCGGGAGGCGAUGACGGAUUUCGUGUUCAAUGGCUUCUCCAUUCCAAAAGGGUGGAAGUUGUACUGGAGUGCCAAUUCCACACACAAGAACCCGUCAUACUUCCCGGAGCCGGAGAAGUUCGACCCGAGUCGGUUCGAGGGGAAGGGGCCGGCUCCUUACACGUUCGUGCCGUUCGGAGGAGGGCCAAGGAUGUGCCCAGGGAAGGAGUACGCGAGGCUGGAGAUAUUGGUGUUCAUGCACAACCUGGUGAAGAGAUACAAGUGGGAGAAGAUACUUCCUGAAGAGAACAUUAUUGUCGACCCAAUGCCCAUGCCCGCUAAAGGCCUUCCCGUCCGCCUUUUUCCCCACAACCACAACCACAACCACAUCAUCAUCUGAUUAUAUAAUAAUUAUAAUCAUAUUGCUUGCUUAAUUAAG